UAUCGAGCGUUUAAGUUUGACAGCUGCUUGUAAGAAGAAGAGGCAAACAUAAUUCGCGAUGUGAGAAAUUGAAAAUUUUGUAAUGAAAAGCUGAUAUUAAGUUGUGCUUUCUAGUUACUAAGGACAAGAAGUUACUGAAAAUAUUGUUAUAUUAAUUUAGAGUGUGCAGGCGAGCAGUACUUCUCAGGGAUUAAAACUCGUGGGCCGUAAUCCAAUCACAGCACAAAAAUGGCGGAUCCACUGAGUCUUUUGCGGCAGUACAACAUAAACAAAAAGGAGAUAAUUGAGCGUGAUAAUCAAAUAAUAUUCGGCGAAUUCUCCUGGCCCAAGAGUGUUAAAACAAACUAUCUCAAAUAUGGCUCUGGCAAGAAGGGCGCUCCACGUGAAUAUUACACGCUGGAGUGUCUAUUGUAUUUGCUCAAAAAUGUUUUGCUGCAGCAUUCGGUGUAUGUGCGUCAGUGUGCUGCGGAGGAUAUACCAGCUGUGAAUCGUCCGGAUCGUAAGGAACUGCUUGCUUAUCUCAAUGGCGAGUCCACAACCUGCGCCAGUAUUGAUAAGAGUGCACCGUUGGAGAUACCCACACAGGUGAAACGCGCUGCCGAAGGCGAAGCUGUCAGCGGUGAAACAGCUGCCAAGAAAGCGCGCUUUGAAGAGACACAAGUGCAAAAGGUGCGCGAACAAUUGGCAGCGCGCUGGGAUGUUAACCAAAAGGAGACUGCUGUCAAUAUGGACAAUAUCAAGUCGCUGUCGGAGACCAUGUCUGUGGAAAAGAUUGCUGCUAUUAAAGCAAAGCGCUUGGCCAAUAAGCGAACCACCAUUAAACGCACGGACAAUGAGGACGCAAUGGGCACAGAUUUACGCGCCAUACUUGACUAUGAUGUGGAUUCUACCAAGGACAUUAUAAGUCGCGAGCGGCAAUGGCGUACACGUACUUCCAUACUACAAAGCACUGGCAAACUAUUUGCAAAAAACAUAUUUGCCAUGCUGCAAGGAAUUAAGGCGCGCGAGGAGGGACGCAAUCGUCCGCAGCAGCCGAAUCCCAUAAAAAUGCCUGAGCCGACGCGCAUUGCCAAGCCGCAGCCACAGCUCUCACAGUACAAUCGUUACGAUCAGGAACGUUUCAAUCGCCAGAAAGAGGAGACUGAAGGUUUCAAAAUUGAUACGCUGGGUACGUAUCAUGGCAUGUCGUUGAAGUCGGUGACGGAGGGCUCAUUGGCGCAGCGCAAGGCACAGGCAAAUAUGCCGCUGGGCGCCGCAACCGCUGGACGCGUAGCAGCCACCAAGGAGCUGUUGCCCACGGCACAGGCACGUCAACUGCCACCAAACGGACCACAAAAGCGACCUUCACGUACACCUAUUAUUAUUAUACCGUCUGCCAAUACAAGCCUUAUAACUAUGCUGAAUGUCAAGGAUAUACUGCAGGAGCUACGCUUUAUGAGCACCGCAGAUAAAAAGCUACAAGGCUGCCAGCGUGAAUCGGAAGUCUUACUGCAGCGCAAGCGCAACAAUCAAACGGUUUCUUAUCGCGUUAUAGACAACCCUAUAAAGUUAUCUCAACAGGACUGGCAGCGUGUUGUGGCAGUUUUUGUUAUGGGCCCACAAUGGCAAUUCAAAGGGUGGCCCUGGGAUGGCAAUCCCGUUGAAAUAUUCUCAAAAAUUUGCGCAUUUCAUUUGUGCUUUAGUGAGCUAAAACUGGAUGCGAAUGUGGAGCGCUGGUCGGUAACGUUAUUGCGCCUUUCCCAAAACAAAAGACAUUUGGAUCGUGCAGUACUCAGCAAAUUUUGGGAAACUCUGGACAAAUAUAUGCUAAAGUAUAAGCCUGAUUUAAGAUUUUAACAUCUACAUGCGCAGCACUUUUAAGAGAGAGCUUUGUUAUUUUGGCCCGUACGCUGUAGCUUGGCUAUUCAAGCAAAUAGUUUGUUUCAAUUUGUACAAUGUAAACUGAGCUACUUUAAUAAGUAUAUAUAUAAUUUGUAGAAUUAGUUGUAAUA